GGGAAGAUUUCAAGAGUGCUGUCGCUGAUCAAAUGUUAAGACAAGUGCCAUCGCUGCCUCACACUUAAACUGUAUUAAAGCUGCCAGAUGCCUACUAACUUUCCGUUUCUGUCCCCAAUAAAAGUUUGUUGGUUUGUUUUUGGUUUUAUUUUUUCCCUUUGGUGCUGGGUUAGUGAAAGAAAAAAAAAACAAGCCGCCAAUAGACAAAGAUGCAAGUGCAUGAAGCGAAACCGGCUGUAGCUCCUUAUUGCGAGUGAUGGAUCAGGAAACCCCUGGAAGAAAUUUUAUUCUAGUUCUUGCACCUAUUAACAUGGGUGAGCCCCGAGAUGGGGAGAAAGAACGGCUUCCACGGCGGGGCUCCCCAUUGAGGAAGGGAGUUUCUCUAGGAAGGAGCCGCCGCUGGACGGGAAUCUAAGAUGAAGUUAUGGGAUAUUGUGGCUGUCUGCCUGGUACUGCUCCACACUGUGUCCGCCUUCCCGCUGCCUGCUGGUAAGAAGCAUCCCGGAGGGCCAGAAGAAGAGUACUCCCCCAGCCGACUGGCUCCUUAUGCUGUGAGAAGUGACUCAAAUAUGCCGGAGUAUUAUCCUGACCAGUUGGAUGACGUUGUGGAUUUUAUUCACAACACAAUUAAAAGACUGAAAAGGUCACCAGACAAACAAGCAGAGUUGUUUCCUCGGCGGGAGAGGAACAGACAAACUGGAGUCACCAAUGCAGAUAGAAAGAGGCAGAGGGGACAGAGGGGCAGGAACCGGGGCUGUGUCUUAACCUCCAUACAUUUAAAUGUGACUGACUUGGGAUUGGGAUACGAAACCAAAGAAGAAUUGAUUUUUCGAUAUUGCAGCGGAUCUUGUGAUGCAGCUGAGACCACAUAUGACAAAAUAUUAAAAAACUUAACCAAAAAGAAAAGGCUGAUGAGUGACAAAGUCGGGCAGGCCUGUUGUCGGCCCACUGCUUUUGACGAUGAUCUGUCAUUUUUAGACGAUAACUUGGUUUACCACAUACUGAAAAAACAUUCCGCUAAAAGGUGUGGAUGUAUCUGACUCUGUUUCCGGGAGACGGCUAUGUAUUGCAUUCCUGCUACAGUGCAAAGGAUGGGGACCAAGGUUCCCAGGAAAUGUUUGCCCAGAAUGGAGAAUGAGGACCAAGGAUGGAGAUGAAGAAGGAGAGACGGACAGAAGUCAGCCAUCAUGGGAGCCUGGUGGAGGGAGAUCCAGCUACAGACGACUGGAUGAAAGAGAGAACGGCCCUCUGGUUUCUACAGGAAAGCAACUUCAAGGCGCAUCACACGCUCAGGGCCAGUGUUCCUGGAUGGAUGUUGCCACUGUCAUUUCACUUGGUACAAUCCACCAUCACCUAUCAUCAGCUCGGAAUGUGCUGAAAGAACACAACCACUUAGUCUCCUGUGGUUUGUUUUCACAUGUUUGGUUACACCAGGCAAACAAUUCUGGUGUAAGCUCACGUGGCAUUAAGAGUCAUUACUGAAAGUCAGGAAGUUAUACAUUUUCUUCCGUCACUCAGUUAGGUCAUACCUGCCCCUCCUCCCAUCUUUCCCCUUCCCUCUCCCGCCCCCCCCAAAAUAUAUAUUAUAUAUAAAACAGACACUAGAAACAGCCUUUUGACUUCAAAGUUGAGGCCGAAGGUAUACUUGGACAGGAAUCUAAUGGUUGGUUAUUGAUUUUUAACAGUGUGUUGGGUGGGAAGAAAUUGGACAGAAACUAACAGGCUGUAUUCACUGACUAAAGAAAACCUGAAAGUAUUUUCUUUAUAUACUCUUGGAAACAGGAAAGGAGUUGUGGUUUUAAGCAGCAUACAUUUCUAGGAGAGUGAGGGGGAAAACAAGCCCAGAUGCACCUCGGUGUACAAGGAGACAAACAGGUCUCUUUCAGUUUACAGCUGGACAAAUGUCACAUCAUCACUACAUUUAUGCUUGGUCACCAGUGGCCAGAGAGAGUACUUGAUGCAAUGCAUCCAUUUCAGAUACAGAAAUAUAUAGAAGAAUAUUUAUUGAAAUUUAAGUUAUUGUUAUUUAUUACAGUUCACUAAUGAGUUUCUUUUUUCCCCUUAUUUAUUAAAAUUUCUUUUCUAAAGGUGCCAAAGUGUAAUGCGCUUGCAAAAUACAAAGAAAGAAAGAAAAAGAAUCAGAUUGGGAACAAGGGUCCAUGCUUUUAAAAAUGUUAACAGUUUUUGGAUAGUUAAAAAAAAUCACUUACUUUACCUUUUUCCACAAAACUUCCUGGUUAAAUUCUGUAGAUCUACCUGUUUGCCGUCCAUUUGUCUAAAAACAAGCAGAGAAGCAUUGUUUCUGAGGGACCCCCAUACCCCUUUUCUCAGAUGAUUUCCACAGAUCAGUGAGCAGAGACCAGUAACACUUGGCUUUAUUUCUCUCUUGUUCCAACACUGAACAAACAUGCCAUAAUUUUCAUUCUAUGUUGUACUUAAGUUUUUUUCCUUCCAUGUAUAUUUAUCUAUAAUAUGCAUUAAAUAUAUAUGAAAGGCGAAAUGCCUUUUAGUAGUUAGUCCUGGAUUUUAGUGUCAACUAAAAGGUAAACAGUUCAUGUUCAGUAGCAGCCAGAGUUUUUGCUAUGAUUCACUAAGAAUCAUUCACACAACACACACUCCCCCCCCAAAAAAAUAUACCUGAUUUAAGAAGAAAAUAUUCUGAGCUGAGAGCCAGGUACUGACUAUUGUGAUCAAAACAGUUGCAUCGGUCACCUUCCAGGAGGCAGAUUGUCCCAUUUCCCCCCAAAAGCUUUUUGACUACAACCUCAGACCAGUAAGUAGUGAGCUGUUCCUUUUGUGUAAAAUCCCUUUAGGAUAACACAAUACAACUGAGGAGGUCAGAGGCUUCUGGCCUGGCCACAAAAACAUGUAUAUGGCUGGAUUGAAACAAUUCUGGUGGAUGGAGUGGAAGAAAGUAUAGGGGCAGCCAUCUUUGCCAGUGUCCCCUAAGGUGGGUUUUUCUGACAAGCUAAUCAGGAUGUGCAUUCGUAGAGAAAAACAACAUUGGGCCCUAUAUUGUGGCUUUUUAUCCUUUUUUUUUAAAUUUUUGUCAGAAGAGGGAUUUUUUUUAAUGAAGAAAAACCAUGUCUAGCUAUUAACAGCAACAGUUUGAUAAAAGUUGGGAAUUCCAGUUGGCUUCCAACCAAUUAGACAUGCUCUUUUGCAAAUCAACCUAUCAGCUACCAACACUAAUCCCUGUGAGAACUGAUUUCUCCUCCUUCCCACCCCUACUUUGCUCUUCCUGCACCUCCAGAUUAGAAGCCAAGGAUAGGAUGGCCCCAUCCCUCCCAACAGAAUGGGAAAGCCAGGCCAUAUGGCUCUUAGAGGAGACAAAUCUGUUUGUUAAUUUAUUAUAAGAAUUCAGAAGUGUACCCCAGAAUUAUCAACCUUGCUCAGAUAACAGUAUUGACUGUGUGCAGAGUAAACUGCUGAUUUUUUUUAAGUUUCAGCCUAAAUUAGCUUGCAGCAUUAGAAUCAAAGCCCAUGUCUACACUGGCUGCAACAUUUCAGGGAGUGCUGUGGGCACAUUCCCUGUGUCCCCUACACACCAUAAGCAGGUUUGAACUUUUGCAGAUCUAAAUAUAACUAAUCUACAAAAGGGUAAAGUUUGUGAUUUUUCAUCGUCGUCAUCAUCGUCAUCAUCAUCAUUAUUAUUCUAAUUAUUAUUAUUAUUACCAUCUAAAAUAGGAGUGCACUUCUUUGGAAGCUCUGAUUUCACCUCUGAUCUAUGUCUCAGUCAUUUGUGUUAUACAACCAAAGUUCUCUACAAACUUUAUUUUUGUACAAUAUCAUUUUGUAACUUUUUACAAAUAAAAGCUCAUUUCUAUUGUUCUCUGUA